AUGUUUGUACCUAAGAAGUUAACAACAAUAACAGCUAUAAAGGAUUGUUCGAUUUAUACAAUUAUAUUUAUUUUUUAUGUUUCAGAUACUACUGGUGAUGUAAGCCAUACCGUAAUUAUAGUUGACGACCCAAGCACACAACCACCACCACCGCCGCCAGAUCCAGCCCAGGAUGCACCUGUUAUUGGGCCCGACCCUGAUUAUGCACCCGACCGAAAACCAGACACAACACCUGCACCACUCCCAAACCUACAAGCUGAUUCAGGCACCAGCAAUACUACUGGUGAUGUAAUCAAUACCGUAAUUGUAGUUGACGACCCAAGCACACAACCACCACCCCCGCCGCCAGGUCCAGCCCAGGAUCCACUAACUGAUUCAGAGUGGAGUUGCAAUCAUCGCUGAAAAAUUUGAAAACUACAUCACUGAAAUACCACAGCUUCCAUUCAUAUACUGAAAAUUCAUUUUUUCUAAUAUUUCGUGUAAUAUCAGAUGUGUUUUUUUUUUAAUUUCUAUUUUUUUAUCAUUGUGUUUGUACCUACAAAUUAUAUUAAUAACUCAUUUCGUGUAACCAUUUUUUUUUUCUCGAGUAUGUAUUAUACUACGUCUAUUACUGUGUCAUUAAUUCUCAGUCAAUAAAGUACAUAUUUACCGAAUGAAUAAUGUUUA